UCUAAAAUUAGACGUUGCAUUUAUAUCUCUCGUUUGUAAGAAUCUCCUCUCAUUCUCAUUCCCUGUUAUCUUCUUCACUUCACUCCCCAUCUCUUAAUAGUUUCUCUCUCUCAUAGAAAACGUAAAGAAAAAAUGGCAACUGAAACAGAAAAAAUCACCAAUCUUAAAUCAUCUGUUGCUGGACUCAAUCAGAUCAGUGAGAAUGAGAAAUCUGGAUUUAUUAAUCUCGUAGCUCGUUAUCUCAGUGGAGAAGCUCAGCAUGUGGAGUGGAGUAAGAUUCAGACUCCAACUGACAAAGUUGUUGUUCCUUAUGAAACCCUAGCACCUACUCCUGAUGGUGCCGAGGCAACAAAGAGCCUUCUGGACAAGCUUGUUGUGUUAAAGCUCAAUGGAGGGUUGGGAACAACCAUGGGUUGUACCGGUCCCAAAUCUGUCAUCGAAGUUCGUAAUGGGUUGACAUUUCUUGACUUGAUCGUCAUCCAAAUUGAGUCUCUCAACACCAAGUAUGGAUGCAAUGUUCCGUUGCUUCUAAUGAACUCUUUCAACACCCAUGAUGAUACACAAAAGAUUGUGGAGAAAUAUUCAAACUCAAACAUCGAAAUUCACACUUUUAACCAGAGCCAAUAUCCUCGAUUGGUCGUUGAAGACUUUCAGCCUCUGCCUUGCAAGGGACAGACUGGAAAGGAUGGAUGGUACCCACCUGGUCAUGGUGACGUGUUCCCAUCCUUGAUGAACAGCGGCAAGCUUGAUGCACUAUUGGCAAAGGGUAAAGAGUAUGUAUUUGUCGCAAAUUCAGAUAACUUGGGCGCUAUUGUUGAUCUAAAAAUCUUGCAUCACCUGGUCGAAAACAAGAACGAGUACUGCAUGGAGGUGACCCCCAAAACAUUGGCUGAUGUUAAAGGAGGUACCCUUAUAUCUUAUGAAGGAAAGGUCCAGCUCCUGGAAAUUGCUCAGGUUGCAGACGAAAAUGUGAAUGAAUUCAAAUCAAUUGAAAAGUUCAAGAUUUUCAACACCAACAACUUGUGGGUGAAUUUGAAUGCUAUUAAAAGGCUCGUGGAAGCUGAUGCACUUAAGAUGGAGAUCAUUCCAAACCCUAAGGAAGUAGAUAGAGUGAAAGUCCUUCAGCUAGAAACUGCAGCUGGAGCUGCAAUUAGGUUCUUCGAAAAUGCUAUCGGUAUCAAUGUUCCUCGAUCUCGUUUCCUUCCUGUGAAGGCAACAUCUGAUUUGCUCCUUGUCCAGUCUGAUCUUUACACCUUAACUGACGGAUUUGUAAUCCGAAAUAAAGCUAGAACUAAUCCUGCAAAUCCAUCAAUUGAAUUAGGACCCGAGUUUAAAAAGGUUGCCAGCUUCCUUGGUCGAUUCAAGUCCAUUCCUAGCAUCAUUGAGCUUGACAACUUGAAAGUGUCGGGUGACGUGUGGUUUGGUGCCAAUAUCAUUCUUAAGGGGAACGUGACAGUCACUGCGAAACCUGGGGUGAAACUUGAAAUUCCAGAUGGAGUUGUACUUGAAAACAAGACCAUCAGUGGCCCUGAAGACAUUUAAGAGAAAUGAGGCUUUCUCCAUUUUGCAGUUGUGAUGGGCAAUAUCCACAUCGAAUGUUGUAUUUUUGGUUUUGUAUGUCUGUAAAGCUGUAAAGGCUUCAAUGACGUUAAACUGAGAACUUUCACCAUUAAGAAUAAGCACUUAUCUCUGUGAUGUUCUGUAACACCUCUCUUAAACUCUGAUGCUCCUAGUAGUUAAAAAGAAAAGGUGGAUCUGUUGUAUGGCUGAAGUUUACGUGCUUGUAAGUGUUGUCAUUCA